AUGGGGUGGGCAAGCAGUUGAAAUGGAGGCUCCUGAGUGGCUGAGUAGGGCCCUCCCUCUGCUCUUUAAAGCGUUCACUCACCUGCAGCUCUAAAAAGAAGCAAUUGUGAGUUCAGUGCUACUCCUCCCUCUCUCUGUAGCACGCCGGCCCCCUCAAGCCAGAUAAGGAACUCCUCUCCUCUGUAGCUUCCCUUGGACCUGGUACUGUCGAACACUCUCUCACACCGCACUAUGGACCGCAUGGAACUGCAGAAGGUCUGCACCGAGGCCGAUGAUGAAAGCACAGACAGCCUGGAUGACCGUUACACAGAGCCAGUAGACCCAGAGAAAGCCACCAUCACCAGUCAGUUUUUGGACGAGGAUGAUGCAGAAAGUCAAAAGUUUCUUGGUAAUGGAAUCAUGAAGAAGAAGAAGUUUGAGGAAUACCAUGAAGAAUAUCACCCAGGCCAUACCUCCUUUGGGAUGUCAGUGUUUAACCUGAGCAAUGCCAUCAUGGGCAGUGGGAUCCUGGGCCUCUCCUUUGCCGUGGCCAACACUGGCAUCAUUCUGUUUAUGGUUCUAUUGUUUGGUGUGGCCAUCUUGUCAUUGUACUCUGUCCAUCUCCUGCUUGUCACAGCUAAAGAGGGAGGUUCACUCAUCUAUGAGAAGCUGGGAGAAAGAGCCUUUGGAUGGCCAGGGAAAAUGGCUGCUUUUGGUUCAAUAACCCUUCAGAAUAUAGGAGCCAUGUCUAGUUACCUGUUUAUAGUAAAGUACGAGCUCCCUGAGGUGAUACGAGCUUUUAUGGGCCUGGAACAGAACUCUGGCGAAUGGUACCUGAAUGGAAAUUAUCUGGUGGUAUUUGUCUCUGUCGGGGUUAUCCUACCCCUGUCUCUUCUCAAGAACCUUGGCUAUUUGGGCUACACCAGUGGUCUUUCUCUCUCCUGUAUGGUCUUCUUUCUGUGUGUGCUAAUCUAUAAGAAGACUCAACUACCCUGCCCAAUAACCUUUCUGGACCAGCAACCGUAUAACCUGAGUGUGAACAGUUCAGUUCCGCUGGGUCCUCAUGCUCUUCAUAAUGGUACCGCGGUGAUGGACUUCUCGAGGGCUGAUCUGAACAACGCUCAUCUGGACUCGCAUGAAGUUGAUGCACACCAUACCUCCAUCACCUACCAACCCCACCCAGAUGAUGAAGACAUGUGUAAACCUAAGUACUUUGUGUUUAACUCACAGACCGCAUACAGCGUGCCAAUCCUGGCUUUUGCAUUUGUAUGUCACCCAGAGGUUUUGCCAAUUUACAGUGAACUGAAAGAUCGUUCUCGGCGGAAGAUGCAGAACGUGUCCAAUCUCUCCAUCCUGGCUAUGCUCACUAUGUACAUGUUUUCAGCCCUGUUUGGAUACCUGACCUUCUACGAUAAUGUGGAGGCUGAGUUGUUGCACACUUUCACCAGGGUGUAUAAAUUUGACACAUUGCUGUUGAUGGUGCGUCUGGCUGUGCUGACUGCGGUAACACUAACUGUGCCCAUCGUCCUGUUUCCCAUCCGUUCCUCAGUGAUCACGCUGAUGUUCAGUGGAAAAGAGUUCAGCUGGAUCAGACACAUCCUUAUCGCUGUUGCCAUUCUUGCCUUCAACAAUAUGCUUGUCAUCUUUGUCCCAACAAUCAGAGAUAUCUUUGGUUUCAUUGGUGCUUCGGCAGCUACCAUGCUCAUCUUUAUCUUACCGGCUGCUUUCUACCUACGCUUGGUGAAGAGCAUACCAUUUCGCUCCCCUCAGAAAAUCUCCGCAGCCAUUUUCCUCGUGGUGGGCUUUGUCUUCAUGAUUGGCAGCUUGUCCCUCAUCGUUCUGGACUGGAUCCACAACCCUCCAGGCUCUGGAGGAGGUCACUAAUCGACCAACCCAACAUUUGUGAAGUAAAGGGCUGGACUCACAGUACCCCCCCCCCCCCCUCCCCCCUCAACUACCCCAAAGAAUCCACAGACUAAGUAUUUUUAUGUGUUGGGAGACAGCCACUUGCUAAAGCAUGCCCCUGCACAUGAGUAUUACAAAUGGACUCCAUUUACACUUGAAACUGGUGAAUAAGUUUUCUUUGACUGAUAGUAGAUGCGUUCUUAUCUUGCUUUUUUUUUUUUUUUUUUUUUUAGUACUUAAAGAUCAUUUUGCAUUUUAGAGAUUGAAUGUAGAUGUGAAAUAGUAACUGUUGCCAUAGUGAUAGGGAACAGAGUGGUGGAUGCUUGCCAUACAGUGCAUUUUCCAGCCUGUGAGUCACAGGUGAAGCUAACAGGGACCUGGAAUCUCAUUAACUGUAAAGCUAAGUCACCUGAAGGAGUGAAUUCCUGUGGACGGCCACAGUGACAGGAUACUGUAGGAGCACAGCCUUCCCCCAUACCUUUGGAGGUAGCGUUGGUGUUUAUGUAUGUACAAAGAGCACUUCUAUGAUUCGUCUAUGAUUAUGAUUCGAGUUCAUGCACACAUAGGCCUGCAUAUACACACAUGCAAGAACACAUUUCUCACUGUUAAUGCCAUUGGUCCUCACAAGUAUCUUGGCUUGUCCUGUCUUUAGAAAAAAAACAAAUUUUUGAUGGCCCAAGGCAGCCAAAUAGGGUAUAACCAAUAAUACAAAAAUGAAAUAAUUAUUUUUACCAGUGAAUAUUAUGUUUCUCAUUUAGUCGUGGCCAUUUAAUUUUUGUAUUUGAAACAGCUGUGUGCUAUCAUUUUCCAGAUUAACUGUCGAGGAAAAGGUCCAUUCGAUUAUUAGCAAAAUUGGAUUUUUUUAAAUAUGUAAAACUUUUUUCAUAGACAGACAAUCAUACAGUCUGUGUAACUGCUGUUGUAAUUUUAUAUGCCACUGAGCAGGGCCUCAGAAAUAGUGUUAUUUUUAACUCAUCUUUUUCUAGCUGUUUGUAAAACUCAAACAUGACUGUGUCAAUAGAAUCUAUGCAAGAAAAAAAUGGAUGGUUCUUACUGGUCUCGUGUUUGUCUCACUUUGGACAAAGUGUCCAGUGGACCUUUGAUCAUAUGUCAGUAGUUUCAGCUUGUUGUGUGAGCUGAAUGCCUGAAAUAUUGAAAUGCUGGACAGUUCCUGUGAGCCAUAUUUGUGUCAAAUCUGACUGAGUGCUAGGAGUCAUUGGGCAGCCGGAGUUAUCCUUAUCAGAUAUACUUUCAUCCUGUUGGAAAUUACCGAGGUGAUAAGUUCAUGACAGUUUCACAACAGAGACAAGAUAAGCUGCUGCAUUCUUCACCCUUGUUUCAAGAUUCCUUACAUAUCAGAUAAAACAUUGAUAAGUUUGUUUGUUUUUGACAGCUUUACUUAUAAAACAGCUCAAAAUUGUCAAGCAAAUGUGUAGUAUCAGCAUUAGAUAAUUUCUCCCCAAGUCUUGGAAAGUCAAGGUUAGGGUUACGUUUAUCUCAGCCCUUCUCAUGCCUUUUUUUUUUUUUAGCUUAUAACUUUAUUUCAUGCUAAAGUAAUACUUAAAUAAUCUAUUCAUCCGUCAAUGAUAAUCUCUAAAAUGUGCCAGAAGUGAACCUAACUGUAGGUACCAGCUUUCUAACAACUGUUAAGUGCCAUUUUCAGAUCCCCUGUUUUUGGUAUAUCCCAGUGUUCAAAAAUGAAAAAAAAAACACUGUAAUAACUGAGCUUAGUGGCCCAUCAAGACCUCUCUUAGCAUUAAAAAAAUCAGGAGUGAUCACCUUUCAACCCCCCACCCUCCCCUCCCCUCCCGUCCCCAUAGGUUUAUUUAACUGCCCUAUAAUUUCAUUUAAAAGGUUCUUUUCAAGAAAGGCUUAACUUAGCUGUCAGUGGCUUUCUGAAUAAUCGGAAUUCUUUUUUUUUUAUUAUUAUUACAACAUUGCCUUGUUUCUAAAUGCAUGUCCUUGUUUUGGGUGCAUCAAUCACCAUGCUGAAACUUUGAAAAGCGUUCAAACGAAACAUUGCAGAUAUCUGUGUAUGUUUUGAACCAAUCCAGCCAAAGUGGACAAUAUUUAUAGAUCCUUUGUUGAUCUAGACAUAAAACAAAUGGAUAUUUCAGAUGAAAUGGUAUAUUAUGUGCAUGUUUUGAAUUACAAACAUGGUCUUUUUGACAAUUGUAUAUGCUUUGUAAAUAAUCUGUUGUAUGGUACACUUACUGAGACGCUGUGUGGCAGUGGGAAGGAACAGCACCCUGCGUGUUUUCCAGUUAUAUUUUAGUGUCACGUGUCGUAGGUUUAGUUUAUGUUCCUGUCUUUGGAUGCUUGCUUUGUAAAUUUGUAGAAAAGUCCUAUUUCUAUUGCUCCGUUCUCAUAUAGCCAUUUUUAAGGAUGAAUGAAAUUAUGAAGUGUUGUUUUUUUUUGUUUGUUUUGUUUUUCCUUUUUGAAUUGUUACUUGAUUAGCUUCAUGCUUGCAAAGGUACAUGCUGUAGCCGCUGAGGUGGAAAUGGCCAUAUGGCACAUUUUUGAUUCUCCUCUCAAAAUGAAGGGAGGUGCUGUUCUUCUCCUUUACAUGUAGUAAAGUUCUUCACAUGCAGAAUUUUAAGACUUAAGACCAAGGGUUUGUACCCAUAAUCCCUUGUUUCUGCACUGAGGCCAGUCCUCCCAGCAUUCUCUGGGAUUUGCUUUCACAGGGAGGCAAGGAGGAGAUUGAACAACAUUCACCUAGACUGAAUAUCAGCAGGAUGUUAGUGAGGCUGCAGCUUGUGAUCAUCUCAAUCUUUAAGAGAACCUGUCUUUAAGUGCAACACAUCUCUUAUCAAUGUCCCAGCCUGUGUCUGUCCCCUGUUACAGAUGCAUACAGCAGUGAGGGAAACUAUUGUGCCUAGGGUAUCAGACAGAGGAAACAUUCAGUCAAUCAGAAAUGGUUUUGGUUUUGAGAGGCUAAUUUUCCUCACAGACUGACACUGUGUGCUGUGUCCUGAUCUGUUCGGAUUUCCCUUCAUCUUCACUGAUCCCUCAGAACAGUGCCUUGGUUAUCACUCAGGUAUUUUAUGUAACAAACUCAAUCCACAGGUGACUCUAUGUUACUGAAUUUUCCCCCUUCAUCAUGAGGCUACGUUAACUUAUCUGAACUUCCGAUAUCUCAAUAUUUAUUCUAUCUCUAUUUAUGUUUGCCUAAGUCAUUUUCGUGGGCUACUGUUGUUUAAAAACUGUUGGUGAUGUUGUAGAGAAAAACAGUCAGACACCUGAAGUGUGAGGGCAUGGCAAAAUUCAAUAAAGCUCAAGGAGAAGCCUCUUGGGAUUGAGUUUGGCAAAAUAGUCAGCCUUAUGUUUCUGUGGCCUACUGUUGUCCCAGUCAAACUGUGCCUCUGGUCUGCUGUUCUGCCAAUUACAGUGUGCCUCAUGUGGACCCACUGUCUCCUCUACAUUUGUCAUAUCAAGGAGGACUUUUGUAUCGGUGAAGCUGUUUCAGUUAUUUAACACUACAAAUAAAAAAAUUAAAAGUGAAA